ACGUUACGUAGACUUGUUUUAUAACCUAUAUGUCAAGUACAAAUUGUGUGAGAAAUGGUAAGAACUUCCAAAAAUUACAGAGAAAAAGAUGGUGUAUAAUUAUGAUGAGGUUGAUCUUGGUUUUGGCCAUAUACACAUUUGUAGUGGGAAGUUCACAUUCUAAAAACAAUUUGGAGAAGUGUGCUCAUAGUUUGAAUCGGCGCAAUUUGGACAUAAUCAGCACAGAUCCAAAUGACAAAAAAGACUUAAAAGUCAAUUUCUAUCAAUCGAGCACUCUGUUCCAAAAGCAACCUGGACGAAUGAAAUUGCAGGAUACAAUCGACAAGAUUCCAAAAAAGUUAUUGGAGAAAUCUAAUAAUAAUUCGGUCUCUUUGUCAGGCAAAGAUAUGAAAAAUGUAACUGACAACUCGUCAAUUCGAUUGAUUGAAAUAACUCAUUCUACGAAUAACAAAACAAAUGCCAUCAACAAAACGAUGCCAUCAACAAACGUUAUCAAGCUGGAGUCGAAGGAGCUGAUUGAUGAAGUUUUGGAAUAUUCAACUGAGAACAAUCCAAUAGAGGAAUCAUCUACCGUUCUUGAUUCUUUGGAUCCGAAUAAUAUUUCAUCAAUGGGGUUGGAAGAUACAUUUCCAAAUAGUACUCCAAUGAAAUUACUAGUUCCAGUUAUAAAUGACUUGAUAGGUGACACUUCAACACAUUCUAUUGUUCCAGAAGAAGAAGAAUCUAUAAGCAACUCUUCAGUGAGUUUUUCUGAUUUCAUAAAUGCAAUAGUCAACACAACAGGAAAUUCUAUCAAUAAAAAUGCAGAGGAUCUUACCAAUUUCAGUUUGAUUCAAACUACAGAAAAUCCACUCACGAUUAAUGAUUUCGAUAGGAAAAAUAUAUUGGGAAAAAUGAUGGAGCCAAUUGAAAUAGAUAGCACAUCAAUUAAAAUAAUUAUUUCUGAUAUAAAUCAUUCAAAAGACAACUCUUCGAUAGAACUCUCGAAUCCCAAUAAAGUGUACGCUUCCAAUGCAUCGAGAUUGGGAAAUCUCGAAUUGAUAAAAUCUAUAGCCAUCCCACCAAUAAAAGAAGUAGAUCAUAAAGGAGAAACAACAGAUAGGAUACUUUCUACAAGUCAACCAUUCAUAGUUCUUGACGAUGAAGAAUCCGAUGACACCAAAAAUAUUUUAGAAGUCAAGAACUCGCCUCGAAAACUCGCAAAUUCCACUAAAAUCUAUCAAUUUGAAUCGAAAUUUGGUAGAGAAAAUCCUUUGUUACAGAACUUCACAUUAUUUCACCCCAAUAUCACACACGAAACUGUAGCAAAAGUAACAAAAACAAACAAAGGAACAAAAGACUUGUAUGUGUGUGAUGGGUUUGGUUGCAGUGAAAUACCUGAUAAGAAUUCACUUGGUAUCACUAUACAAGGAAUGAUUCCUAAGGUUAAUAUUCCUAUGACUUCCAAGGAAAGUCUCAGAGAUAGAUCAAGAGUAUUGGAGAGUACAUCCGUGAAAACCACCUUUCACGCCGAAGCUAAGCCAAUCGAUCAUUUUCAGGCUCUUGUGAGGAGUCAAGACAAUAAAGAAAGACAAUUUCAUAAUCCCGGCCAAAAAAACAUCCCCUAUCCCAAAUCGGAACCACCAAGUUACACAAAGAAAGCGUUUUCUGAGUCAUCAGUAACGAAUAGGAUGUAUGUGGGAAAAGCUGUAUCCGAAAAAAAGGGUUACAGAGAUGAUACUAACUGCCUGAUAGCAAAUCAGAUUCAUACUCUUGUAAAGAAUCAACAACAUCAAGGAAAAAAACUUGAUGAAAUUUUGAAACAACAAGAGUGUUUGAACCGAAAACUUGAUAAGAUAAUUUUAUAUGAUAGCUUAAGGAAUGGGUCCUCCAACGCUGUCGUGGAAAAAUCUACUGUAUCUGCUAUUGAAACUUCAAGUUAUAAUAGUUCGUUGGAAAUUCUCAGCACAACUGAAAUGGAAUCCACAACAACAGAAUUCCAAGAGCUUCUUCCUAUCAAGAAUGAUGAAGUACCUAGAAUUCAACAUUCGUAUAAGGAUUCACAAAAAAUGAAUGCAAAUGCAAAUGAUUCUUACUGGAAUUCUAAUCAAACCUCCGGAUACUAUCUCAGCAUAAUUAAGCAUUUCGACAAGAUUUUGAACAAGGAUCCAAAAUGAUUCUUAGAAAUUGAUAUCUAAAGUGUCAUUAAAAAAAUUACUGUAUGGUACUCAAUAAAAACCUAAAAUUUAAUCAAUUUUUUUUAAUCAGCACAAUUGAAUCCAAUUGUCAUCAUCUCUCUUGAAUAGAACCUUUUCUACUUCAUUUGAAAAAACUUACUUGGAAAUAAUUUCCAAGGUUCUAUUAUCUCCUAGUGGAGUCGGAACUGCAAUACCAUUCAAGGAUUUUAUUCCAUUGAAAUAAUAAAAAUAAUAUAGUUUAAAUAUAUGAAUAAAAUCAUUGAUAUAAAGUAUUUCAUAUUAAAUAUUGUGAUGAUUUACUCAUAUUAUAUAUAUAUAGGCUAUUUUUCUCCCGAUUCAGUUAUUAUUUGUUUUUGGAAAUUAAAGAUUUAAUUGAUCAUCCUAGCGAUUCUAUUUAACCAAGUAUUUAAAAAUCGAUUAGCCAAGUAUUUGAAAUUAAAACCUAUUUCAUCGAUAAA